AUGACAUCAUCAUUCACAAUUAUUGACUCAUUAAAAUCACCAAUGGACAAAGUAAAUGAGAAUAAUUUUUGUUGAAAUUUAAAUAAUAUGAACUUCAACGAAGACCUUUGAAAGGUAUAACGCAAGCAGCGAAUUUUAAUCCCAGUCCAAAUACCUAAAUACAGCUCCUUAGAUCAGCUAGAAAUGGAAAGCCAAAAAGUACUUAAAACUGAUGUCGAUAGAACUCGAGCAGAAGAAAUGACUGAAAUCGAAAGAGAGCAACUUGAAAUAUUGUUGAAGUUUUAUUGCAAAGAGCAUAAUUGCCCAUAUAAGCAAGGCAUGAAUGAAAUACUGGCACCUUUUAUCUUAAUGGUUCGCUAUAAUUUGCCUUUAAACCAAGUGUAUAACUACUUUGAAGGUUUUAUUGAUCAUUUGCUGCCCACUAUGUUUUUAGAUAAGGUAAAUAAUAAGCAGGACUUUCGUCCAUUGAAAUCAAUGUUCAUGAUUCUCCGCCUUCUGCUAAGAUAUCACGAGCCACGAAUAAGCACUUUCUUCCAUGACAAUGGAAUUUUCCCAGAAAUAUACGCAACUUCUUGAUUUCUCACAGCAUAUUCAAGCAAAGUCGGGAAUCUAGAAGCUUUAUUUUUGAUUUGAGAAGAAUUGAUUAUUCAAAAUGACCCACUGCAUACAAUUUACCUUGGGGUUGCUAUAUUAGGAUACUUUAAAAAUUUUAUAUUAGCAAACGAAGGAAGCUUAAUACCGCAAACAAUUUUGCAUCUCCCGCUAAACGAUGCAAACUACAUCAGAGAAAUAAUCCAAAAAGCAAGAGAAAUAAAAAAUAAAAUGCCAUUCAGCCUCCAUAUAAAACUAAAAAGUUAUGAUAUUUUCAAUUUGGAUAAAAUCAAUUAUAUAAAUGAAGAGCUUGAAAUGCAAUUUUGCUUGAAUAUUAUGCCUCAUGAAGUUUUAAUGAGAGAAUUCCCAGAUGACAAAAUCUGUAGCUGUAAAAAUAACGACUGCGACUGGUGCAAGACAAAAGAAAAAAAAGUUCCACUUAUCAUAAUAGAUGCAAGAACUCAAAGUGAGCAUUUUCAAGGAGUUUUCCCAAACUCAAUUAUUUUGGUUCCCGAAGCAUACGACGACCACAACAUAAUAAUUGAUUUUCCUGACCAGUUUUUAGAAAUGAGAGGGAUUUAUCAUUUUUGCUUGCUUGCAAGCAAAGAACUAAAAGGAACCAAUUUUGACCUCAAAGAUGAUAACCAAGAUGAAGAGGAUGAUCCAAAUAUUGUGCAAAAUAUGGUUCAAAAUUUAUUCCAAGCUUUUCUUUUAAAAGGCUUCCAAUAUGUAAGCAUCGUCAAUGGAGGAUAUUCAAGGUGCCAUGAACUGGCUAUUAAAAAUAAUCUGCCAAUUGAAGGGCAUGAUAAAAGCAUAUGCCAGCUUUGCACGCCAAAUAAAAGAAGGAUUAGCGAUAUUUUAACUGAUUUAAUGAUGGGAAGAGUUGUUCGGGCUUUUUCUGACGAUAAAUGCAAAACUCCUCGGAUGAUUGAUAUUGAUGCCUUAAGGUCUGACCCUUUAACAUCAUUUUUCGCAUGCAAAGAAUACAAUAUAAAGCAAGAAAAAAUUUUGAAUGAUUCUUUAUGUCUAAUUGUUACUGAUAUAAGUGUAAUUGUCGGAGAAAUCGAUGAAGUGGAUAAGGAAGCAGACCCUUAUAUUAUAAAACAGCUGAAAAUCAAAAAUUUGGUAAAAAUAAAGUCCCAUAAAAAACUCAAAAAUGUAAUCAAGUUAAAGUUUAAAGGUGCCGAUAAAGCAUUUUACUAUUUUAUGAAUUCAGUAAGUGAUGCCGAAUCAUGCUUAAGAAGCCUAUCAAGGAAUUAUGCCGAGUUGAGCAUGAAGAUUUAG